CCUGAGGGGACACGAGAGUUGACCCCAGAAAAGCAACACAGCAUUCCAGGUGAAGAUCUGAACACAACCGCGCCUCACGCCAAACCAAAUCUGGUCGUCUCUGAUGAUCACAGCCUUGACACCCUGGCCUGUUGGCCCAACCGGUUCUUUGGACCUGUCCCCAAGGAAGUCUGCAUUCCAAGGAGGGAUUUCUGCUGCCGGGAUGGGGUGCCAGAGCCUACAGGCUGCUGCAAGUCUCAUGUGUAACUGUAUCUGCCGAUACCUUAAACCAAGAACUUUGGCGUUAGCUGAACAACGUUUCUAAAAGUAGACAGAUUUCAAGCAGAUUGCUUUGACUCAGGUCUCUUUCCCCCGCUUCUCUCGACAAUUCUGUCACAUGAUCUGCAAUGUAGGCACUGCCUUUCAAGAAUUUGGUUCACCUUUCACCUUGCAACAAAUUUCAAGUCUGGGCGCCAUGCCGCUGGUCAAGAGGAACAUUGAGCCCAGGCACCUCUGCCGGGGAACGCUGCCCGAAGGAAUUACCAGCGAACUGGAGUGUGUAACCAACAGCACUCUUGCUGCCAUCAUACGGCAGCUAAGCAGUCUGAGCAAGCAUGCUGAAGACAUAUUUGGUGAGCUGUUUAAUGAGGCCAACAACUUUUACAUCAGAGCAAAUUCUCUUCAAGAUAGGAUUGACCGUCUUGCUGUCAAAGUGACCCAGCUGGAUUCAACCGUGGAAGAAGUGUCACUACAGGAUAUCAAUAUGAAAAAAGCUUUCAAAAGUUCCACAACCCAAGACCAGCAGGUGGUUUCAAAGAAUAGCAUUCCUAAUCCAGUUGCUGACAUUUACAAUCAGAGUGAUAAACCACCCCCGCUGAAUAUUCUUACACCCUACAGAGAUGAUAGGAAAGAUGGAUUAAAAUUUUACACGGAUCCUUCCUAUUUCUUUGACCUCUGGAAAGAGAAAAUGCUUCAGGAUACAGAAGACAAACGAAAAGAGAAAAGAAGACAAAAGGAGCAAAAGCGCAUAGAUGGCACAACCCGUGAGGUGAAAAAGGUUAGAAAAGCCAGGAACAGGCGUCAGGAGUGGAAUAUGAUGGCCUAUGACAAAGAGCUUAGACCUGACAACAGGUUGUCUCAAAGUGUGUUCCAUGGAGCAUCUUCCGAGGGAUCCCUGUCCCCAGAUACUAGGUCCCACGCUUCCGACAUCACUGACUACUCCUAUCCUGCCACACCAAACCAUGCUGUCCAUCAGCAGCCGGCCACUCCUUCAUACGUGAUAGGAGACACCCAACAAUUUGGCGGGGGGAGCCAAGGCCCCGAGCAUGAACACAGGCCACCCUCCGCCUCCAUGAGGCACCCGACCUUAAACAGACCGCAGCAGCCCCCACCCCCUCCGCCCCAGGCUGUGGACGGAGCACACGGCUCCGGGCCCCUGGGCCCGACAGACUACGGGAGGCAUCCCGCUCAGAUCAUCGACUUCUACAACCCUUCAGGGCCCCCGCCGCCACCGCCACCUCCUCCUGUGAUUCCUUCGGCGCAGACGGCUUUCGUCAGUCCUCUGCAGGUUCCUAUGGCACCGUUCCAUCCUGCAGGAGGGGCCGGUCCUACGUUCACUGCCCCUCCCCAUCCGCCCUCCACCGGGCUCGUGGUACCAGCUCCCCCUCCUCCAGGACCCCCGCCGGGUCCUCCUGCCGCAGGAGCUUCUCUUUCAUCCUCCCCAAUGCACGGACCCCCGGCCGCUGAGCCAAAACCUCUUGGUCCGGCACAACCGCCGAUUAGCGAUGCUCGGAGUGAUCUUCUCGCUGCCAUUCGGAUGGGCAUUCAGCUGAAAAAGGUGCAAGAGCAGCGUGAGCAAGAAGCCAAGAGAGAGCCGGUUGGGAACGACGUGGCCACCAUCCUCUCCAGGCGCAUAGCUGUGGAGUACAGCGAUUCUGACGACGAUUCCGAGUUGGAUGAGAACGACUGGUCCGAUUGAGACAGAGCUCAGGAACACAGCAUACACGGCCGUCCCUGGGACUGUUCGCCCCGCGGGCCCCCACCCCGGAAGUCAGUGCGUGAAAGAGCACUGCAAACCCAGAGUCACCUCAGCGUUCAGAUAUUGCUGUUAUAAUGCUGUCGCUUCGCAGUUUUGGUAUUCAUGAUGUGGCUGUGCUUCCGCAGAUCCCAAACCUGGGUUUUUUUCAGUAUUUACUGUGUAAUACUCAGUGCCGCUAAAUCUAGCAGAUAGGUGCCGCACUCAAGAAGAUAGGCUGUAGCUGUUGCACUGUUACGACACCAGUGUUUUAUCCUGCUCUUGGCCAUGAGAGUACAUGGCGCAGUUUUAGUUCACAUCUGCUGUUCAGUAUAACUGCUAACGCGGUAUGUAUUUGUGAGCCGCCUGUAUUUGUGAGUCUUGGAGGAUCAGUAACUCCAUGUCUGGGUAAAAAUCUACAGGUGAGUAGUGCCGUUUGGCCGCUUCUGUUGUGUGUUUCUGUGGAACUUGGUUCAAAUCAGUCGACCGGUCCACAUUUAUGAUGUCCCGAGCACGGUAUUGGGUGCUGGGGAAAAAGGGAAGCAGGUCCAACCUGAGGACAUAAGGGAAAUCUCUUCCCCUUAUGAUUUGUAGUCACUUUCUUGGUUUAGGAACAUUUCUGUGAGGUUGAACGUUUUGUGAAAUUUUCAUUCCCACUUCACUUUCCGGCCCUCCUGAGGCACCAUCUGAAAACCUCAAAUUUGGAGGGGCCGAUCCUAGAGUCCCAGUCCAAGGAAACCCGGUGUUGUUUUGUAGAGCACUUUUCUCGUUUAGAAUUGUACCCCUGUCCUAGACAUUAUUUAAUCCUUACACAUGGUCCCCAUGAGCUGGGGUCUGGGAGCAGGUUUGGGUGGGGAAACUGAGACCAGAAACGUUCUGUGACUUUUCAGGAGAGAUCCAGGCAGAGGGGAAUUGGACCUGGAACCCAGGGCUUUCCCCAUCCACGCUGUCCGGGAUUUCCAGGAGCCAGGUAGCUUUGAGUAGUAGCCGUCAGUGACAUUGUAAAUUGCCACUCCCUGUAGAUUGGUAUCUAGAGGAGAUGAGGUGGGCGUCUUAGGUUCCCAGUUAAUGUGCCACAAGAACCCGAUUUGAGUAGGCAUCUUCAGUUAGCAUCUUAAGUAAGCUCUGACUGAGUGGAGAGAGAGAGAAAGAGAAAUACCUUCAAGGUGUUAUCUCCACAACCAGGGUAAACCGCAUUGGUUGGGCUCUUUCUCUGCCUUGGAAGACCUCACCUGUGUUUCGUUUUUGGACAGUUAAUCACAUUUUACCAAAAUGGACCUCACUGAGUUUUCUUAAUUUUUCAGGUAAAUCUAAAAGCAGAUCCUCUCUCUCCCUGUUUCAUCCUUCUCCCCUUUUAUUUCUUUCAGAGAAAGGUAUUUAAGCUUGAGGACCUGCUCUCACAAAACAUCUUACUCUAGUAGUUCUUUAAGAAACCUAUUCAGCUUGUGCAUCUGAAUAGGUUGGUAUUGGAUGGGUUGCCCCUGUUGGCUAUUUCUGUGGAGCUGACACAUUUUUGCACCAACUCCUUUGCUUUGUGAACUAUUGGCUCAUACCGGGAAGAGAUAAACAUGCUGUCUUCUCUCCUGAUUCUGUCCCAUUGACUCUAAAAUAGAAAAAAAUAGUUUAUUCAGUGAAAAUUAUUUUUUUUUCCUCUUUAAUUAAAAUUCCUUCCAGGUGAAGAAAUGGGUAUCAUUCUAGUUCUGACAUGUGGUCCAAGCUUCAUGGUUUUCUAAGUCUCUUCUGUCCUCAACGGGCAGAAAGCACACUCAAAUACCUACCUUUACAUUUUUCUAAUCUAUAUAUCCUCUUACAAGAAAAUUAAUAGACCCCAUUUAUAAAGAUGCAGCUACUUAAUUACUAGCUUUCUACUCGUGGUUUAACCUGCUAGCGUGGUUUGAUUUUUAUCCUAAAUUUCAUUAGUGCGGCAAAAAAGACUUCCUCCUUUGUGUUUACUGUUCUGAAAAGGAUAUUGUUACAUGGCAUACAUGUACAACGUCAAUCUGCCAGACCCUGUUGAGUGUUUUAAAUCGUUGGAAUGUAUUUAAAAUGGUAUUUCCGCUUUGAGCUCAGGCACGAGAAAUUCCAUUUUUGUGGUCCAAAUUGAUAUACCAGAAACAGCAGUUGCACCCUUUUUCUGUACCUCGAUUAAAGAUUGGUGCCCGGCAUGGAAGGAACUGGUGGGCACGUGCAUCAUCCCUCGACGCACUCGCAGAUACCAGUCAUCAUCAGAAACGUGGCCGCUGACCAGGUACGAUAAUGGACUGCAGAAUAGCCAGAGAAGCCCACUCCCCUUCUGGAACUUUCUCCCUGAACAUCCAAAGGGGAAGACAUAGAAAGUGUAUUUGAUUAACGUUUGAAUCAAACAUUGUUUCUCAGUGGAGAUGUUUUAAAAAUAGUCUUAUUGCCCUGCCUCAGAAAAGACUUAGAAGGGGGUGAAAUACUCAGCCCCACAGAGAUUGCUGACUUUCCAGUGUUGUCUCCUAGAUCAUUGAAGAGUAGGAAUAUCGAUUGUACUUGAUUAUUGAGUUUUCUUUAGUUAGGAUCAUUCUAGAAAAUAAUAUACAUAUAUAUGUACACACACAUGUAUGUAUAUAUAUUACGAUGAAAUGUUCUCAUAUGAGCAAGUAGCGAAAUGUGGUGAACAUUUUGUGAUUACUUGCACCCAUUUUUAAUUGGUCAGUAGAAAACAAGUGAUACAUGGUAUUCUGUUGCAGACUAGUGGAAUAUAGCAGACAGGGUAACCAAUCUUUUUUUUUUUCUAAACUUGAAGUAUUUUGUCAUCUCCUUUCAGUAUUUUACCAAUAGAACUAAUUGAAUUUAAGUGGAUUGAAAGGUAUUUUUUGUCUUAAUAGGGCAUUUUUAAUCUGUUUGUAUACCUUACUCUAGAUUAACAACCUGGAAUAAAAUUUCAUUUUUGACCCUUGAGGCUUUUCUUGGUUUAGAUUACUACAGAGCCCAGAUCUUUAUUCUCUUUGGAGCGGGUGGAGUCAUAAUUAGCGUUUCUUUCAUAAGGAAACUGGAGAGUCUUCAUGAUUUGCAUUAGAAUGGCCACACAGUGAAGGCGAAAUUUGAGUAUAGCCAGAUUUUCAGGAGAGCAACAUUUUCUGCUACACCUUCUGAGGUGCAGUUCCAUCUCACUCAUGUAAAGGAAAUGAAAGCUCUUUGGUUUUAGAAUUUUAUCUCCACUUUAGUACAAUAGCUGCUUUUCAGUUUGUCCUUUCUAAAUUGAACUUUAAAUGAUUGAAAAAUAAAGAAAUCAAA